UUAGGUUAUGUUUAUCAUCAACAGGUUAAGUGCCGAGCAUGUAAUACCGUUCUAACACACAAAAACAACAAAAAUGAAGAACAAACCCACGCGUCACAAAGACCUGAACACCUUCAAGUUCCAACCUUUCGCGGAGCGCAUUUCCAACAUCGACAUAGACAUUUUCCACCGAGUGGGUCACGAAAAUGAAGCCGAAAACGAGAGUGCCGAGUGCUACUUUUAUCAGUCGAUGGAAAAUUGGAGCAUUUUAAACCUCACUGAAAGCUUCGACCACUUCAAGAAAGAAGUCAAACCCCACACUUUGGUAACGUUGCCGCAGCUCCUUUUAGACAAAGAACGCGUAGUGGAGGUGCUUUUGAAACAUUUGAAGCUAAAAAACCCGCUUUCGUUGCAACCGUUGUUGGAUAUUGUAGUUGCUGUUGCUAAAGAUCUGCGCAAAGACUUCUACCAGUACUACAAGUCGUUCCUCGAGGUCCUAAUUGACCUCCUCAAUACCAAAAACACCGAACAACUCGAGUGGACUUUCACUUGCCUUGCCUACUUGUUUAAAUUUUUGUGGAGGCCCCUGCUUAAAGACAUCGCCACAGUCUUCAACACCGUUUUGCCGCUUCUGUCAAAUUAUCGCCCAGAUUAUGUCCACAAUUUCGCUGCUAGUAGUUUUGCUUUCGUCGCUCGGAAAGUCAAAGAUUGGCCAACUUUUCUCUCCCAUAUUUUGAAAACUGUGAAAACCCGAAAAGACGGGGUUACGGGUUGCGGGAAAUUAUUUUUUGAGGUGAUUCACGGCGUGAGUGGCCACUUUCAUAGUUGUGCUCAAACAGUGUUGCCAUUCUUGGUUGAAUCUUUGGGGGAUUCUAAAUUUCCCCAAAGCUUGUUGUUUGAAAUUUUAGAGAAAGUUGUAGAGAAUGUUGUUGGGCAUAUUCAUCCAACCAAAAAUGAGUUAUUGUGGGAGUGUCUGUUGAGUAGAGUUAGAGUUUUAUUGGGGAAUUGGAGGACUUCAAAAGACGAGAAAGUUGCAGAGGAAAUGGAGUUGGUUUUGAGAUUAAUUGGGCAAAGUGUGGAGUACAAAGGGGGUAAAUUCCUGCAAAAUAACACUCCAGUGGUAGGAUUAAUUUUCGAGAUUUUAAAUUGUCACGAAUUGCCUGAUUUAGUUCUCCAAACUACCACUAAAAUCGCGGUUGUUUUAUUGUUGUCAAAGAACGUUAAACUAACACAAGAACAAGCCUCUGGGGUCACACGAAAAGUGCUACUUUUACCUCAACAGUCAAUUCUGUUGUACUUUGUUGACAAUGUAUCCGAAUUUUCUGCGUUCGAAGCUCUAGUUCUACCCAUAUUUCUAUUAAAUUGCGUCAAAACUAAUCUGAAUAGUGAGAUGCUGAAGGUUCUGACGCAACUCAUUUUGAAAAAGGCGCCACUUUGUGGGAGUGGCUUAAACAUGAAAAAGUGGUGGAAAUACUCACUUGAUUUCGGGACAAAAACUCAUGAUUUGUCGAUCGAGAACGUCUUCCUGGAACAUCUGAAUGGUAACGCGAUUGACAGUUACGUAGCCGCCUUGAUUUGUUUGCCGCAUCUAAAUUUGACACAACUGGAACGCAUAACCUCGAUUUUAACCAAUAAAAUUUCAGAAUUUUUGCUCAAAAUCGAAACAAACAAAGAGAAAAAUAGUCCCGACUUAAACCAAGCUUUGUUUCUUUUAAAUAACACAAUCGAGUGUCUGAUUCAUUUAAAACACUUGAACUAUUUGAGCGACAAUUUCCACACGUUCGUCGACGCUUUGAUACCUUUAGCGCUCAAAGAACACAUUUUCGCUUUAAAUAUCAUCGACUUUCUUGUAACCACGCUCAAGGACCGCCCCCACAUAAUUACAAUGGCAACGUUGCAAAAAUUGACCAGUCUCGCGACUGGUUUCAGUUCGCCCCACCACGAAAUUCGCUUAGUCACCGCCCACGUCUAUACGUUCUUCGAGGAUUUGCCAGAAUUUGAUUUAAGACACUCCUCCGACCCCGACGUUGCUAAAGAAAAAUUCCAAGUGUUCUCUCUGUGUUACAAAGUCGAAUCGAUCGAUUCGCACGUGCACACUUAUAGGGAGCAGCUUCAAAAUUUAGAGAGACUCAAUUUCGACAAGCCGCAGAUGAUCAUGUGCAAUAAGACUGAGUUUCGAACGAUUCCGUUGCGGUAUUUGUGUGGAGCUCUGUAUAUAAAUUUCAAGUUGUUGUGGGAUCCGAUUUUGAGGAUUAUUGAGACGCAGGCUCACGGUUUGGGGAUUGGGGAGUUUUGGGGGGUGUUCGGGGAGGAGUUGAAAGGGGUUGUACACAGUAUAAGAGAGAGGGAGGAGAGAGAAGUGGGUGUGUUGGAGACGAAGUGGGAUUUUUUGAGGGCGUUGUUUGAAGAGGGAGGCAAGUUGAAAUCGGCGCCGGAUUUCGUAAAUUAUAGACUAUUGUUGUGGAAAGGGAUGGAUUCGUUUGCGGAUGUUGCCGAAGCUAAGACUCGGGAUGUGUCGGAGUUGUUUCUGGACUUUGUGGAAAAGGAAUACACGAAAAACAACUCACUUGUGGCUACUAAGUGGAACAUCAAACAGAAUUCUGUUCAAGAGGAUGGUGAACGCGAUGAAGGUUACGAAGAUGAAGUUAAUCAGUCUAAAGACGAACGAACGAUGUCAUCCAAACCCAAAACGGGGAAAUCCACAUUAAAAGUACUCCUCAACGCCUUAGCUGUUUUCUCUAAAGUUCGUAGUCCGAAAUCCAUGUACCGCGAGCCCGAACUCUACAAACUCUACUUCGACUUACUCCAACAUAAAAGUUCCGAAGUCCAAAAAGCGGCACUCGAUUGUGUCAUGACUUACAAACACAAGUUUCUAACGCCGUAUAAAGACCACCUUUACAAUCUCGUAGACGAUAAGAAUUUCAAAAACGAGUUGACGACGUUUCACAUCGAUAAGGAAACCGGUACCAUCCAAAGCGACCAUCGCGACGAUUUAGUACCUUUCAUUAUGAGAAUAGUGUUCAGUAAGAUGAGUACUAAGACUGGUUUGAGAACCGGCGGAAAAGCGUCAGGUCAGUUGCGCCGGAAUUUAGUCUUUCGGUUCUUAGCUGGGUGUCAGGAGACUGAAAUGUUGACUUUUACGAAAAUGGCACUUCAGUACUACGCGAGACACUUGAAGGACGAUCCUGAGGUUAUGGUGGAGGAAUUACGUAAGAAUGUUACUUUGGAAAAUUUCAUCCCUCCUAAACGACUUCAAAGUACUAUUAACUUGAUAAAUGUGAUCCUGGAUCAGUUUGGAGGUUUAAUGGGGAACGACCUUCUCACGUUUCUUAUUCAAGUGGUCUUGAUGAUGGGAGGAGUCGUGAAAAUCGCCUUUGAUGAACUAGCGGAUGUGCAUUCUGGGUACUGGCCUAUCCUUCGUAAUUUGCGCACUUCGUCUAUAAAAAUCGUCGAACGAAUUUUCAGCCAGUUUGAUCACUACCCCUGGACUAACAAACAAAUCAACACGAUCUUCAAAGUCUUCGUUUGGCCGUACUUAGACAAACUGAACACAGAAGGUAUUCACAGUCCUACCACUUUACUCAAAUUGUUCGUCCAGUGGGGAAGCAACCCUCGAUAUUUCUCUCUUCUGGUCAAACAUGAAGACGACAAACAAGAGCAAUUCGUCUUACCACACGUCAUUCAACUCUUGCUUAAUGACAAGAGCAAGAUAACGGUGGUCAAUAUAAUUGAAGAGAUGAUCGAGAAACUACUGACGCUUCAAGCGGACGAGGAAGACUUACAACUCGUCGUACCUGUAGACAAUCUUCUACCAAUCGCUAAGAACAUCCUCGAUCGAGUCAAAAUCGACGACAAACUAAAUUACGGCAGUUGUAUUCUUUUACCGUACGUACCCUCAAUUCUGGAAAAAAUUAAGCGACAACUCCAGAGGAAGAAGAGUUUGAACCAACGCGAACUCUUGAUUUUGUCGCGCAUAUCCGAACUUGUGUGGGAAAGCGACAUUAGUGAUAGUACCCUGAAGCUGCUCCUGCCACAAGUUUUGAAACGUUGCACACCAUCAACCGGCGACGAAGUGAUCACCCAACUCCUCACCACAGUUAGUAAUCUUAUUAAUUACGUGGACAACCCCCGUCAACACUUGAAACACUUCACACCUCUGUUCGGAGAGGUCGCUUCUGCCUCCGGUCGCAAACUCCUGAUUCAAGCUCUUAAAAACGUAGGCACCAAACUCGAACUCGAGUUAAUCGAAGGAUUGAACGCGUUCGACCAUAAAUGGAUAGACCAACCCGAUUUUCAACGUCGCCACGAUACUUUCAAAGACAUUCAAAAAGCUAUAGAAACUCAAGACGUGGACUUGGAACUCGGAGUUUUACUAAUCUACAACUGCUACUAUUUGCUCAAGAGCGAAAAAGACUUAUCGUUGAGAGAGAACUCGUCGCAUUGCCUCAGACAGUUGACGUCCUAUUUGAUCAAACAGUACCCCAAACAACUCGAUUAUCUUUUGAGUGAAACCGUCUUCGCCAUGAUUCGGAAAGGGAUGAAGAACCGCAACGACGAUUUCCGGAAUGAGUGUAUUCUGAUAUUGGGACACUUGGCGAGAGAGUGUUCUGAAAGUCAUGUGGUGUUGCGCGAUUUGAAUCGGUACACCAAUAAGAGUGACCCCGAAGUCGACUUUUUCGAGAAUAUAACGCAUCUGCAGUUGCAUCGUCACGCCAGAGCUCUUCUCAAGUUCUGUACGGUGACCCGGGAUUUGACUACGAGUCCAAAUGUGCGAACUCUGACGCAAUUUGUUCUUCCACUGGCUUCUUUCUACUUGUGUAGCGAAAAGUACGUGGGGAAGAACAGUGUCAUUGACGCCUCUAUCGAGUGUAUAGGGACCGUUUGUCGAAUCUUACCGUGGCACCAGUACGAAAGUCUCCUUAAAUUCUAUUUGGGGAAGUUGAAGAAGAGCGUCGACUACCAAAAGCAGCUGGUUAGAGUCACGGUAGCAAUUUUAGAUGCGUUUCACUACGAUUUGAGCAAAGCUCAAGUUGGUAGCGAGACAGAACACAAAACUGAGGACGACAAUAAAGACAGGGAGUCACCACCAGAAAACGAACAAAGUGCAGCAGUCGGGGAAGACGACGACAAAAUCGACGAUUUAGACGAGCCAGUCGUUUCCGAACUAGAAGAAGAGGAUGACGAAGAAGAUCAACCGACUUUGAAAGAAACAAAAAUAUGCGAUAAGGUUCCAAUUUUGUGUAAGUCGACGGCUACGAGAGUCACCAGAAGCAUCCAAACGGUCCUCUUGCCCCAACUCCACAAAGCUUUAGCCGAACUCACCCAUCACGAUACGUCUCAUAAAGUCAACAGAAAAAAAACCGGGUUUGAGCGCGAAGAAGAAGACUUGCUACGGGUCCCGAUAUCUUUAGCCCUAGUUAAGUUGUUGCAACGUUUACCCAAAGAAAUCCUCGAAGCGAAUCUCCCUGGCAUAUUUAUGAAACUGUGUACUUUCUUGAAGUCACACCUUGAAAGCGUCAGACGAGUGACCAGGGAAACCCUUCAAAAGAUAAUGCAAUCGUUAGGUCCCGGCUAUCUCAACUUGCUACUCGGGGAGAUGACCCCUUUGCUUAAUCGUGGUUUCCAGGUGCAUGUUUUAGUCUUCACCAUCCACGCAGUUCUUAAUUGUCUGAAACCCAUGUACAAACCCACAGACAUCGAUAAAAUUCUACUCACCGUCAUACAACUGUGUCAGACCGACUUGUUCGGUACUCUCUCUGAAGAGAAAGAAGUUGCCAAAAUCGCAGUCAAAACGUCGGAAGCCAAAUCGACCAAAAGCUUCGACACGUUCCAAAUUUUGGCCCAGUUCGUCACCGACAAGUGUCUGAUGGACCUAAUCCUACCAAUCAAGAACACCCUCCACAACUCCCACUCUUACAAAACCGUGUACAAAGCGCAAGAGUGUCUCAGACACAUCGCCCUGGGUCUAGUCGACAACGAGUUCGUUCAAACCCAGUCGUUACUAAUUUUUGCCUAUGGAACCUCAUCCGAGAGCAUCCCCGAGUUGGCACCCCAAGAGAAAACCCAAAUAAGCGACAAAGAAAGGGAAAGACUGCGGCGUGAAAAACCCGACUGUUUCAUCAUACCCCAGGCCCCGGUUGGCCGUUCCGGGGUUCGCAUAAGCAACGUCAAGUCGUCCGUCAAGACCAACGCUCACCUAUUGGUCGAAUUCGGUUUGAGGUUAUGUCACGUAUUACUCAAACGCGACAAACUCAAAGACGGCGACUAUAAACCCUACCUGGACCCAUUCGUAGCCGUUUUCGAAAAGUGCCUAACCUCCAAACACGUCAAACUGAGCACACUCACUCUUCAAUGCUUGACGUGGAUCUUCAAGUACGAGUUACCAUCAUUAAAGGACAAAAUCGCCUCGAUUACCACCGAAAUCUUCGCCAUUUUGCACAAAUACGCCUCGGCUGGCUUGAGCAAAGGCGACAACUUCGAUCUAGUCGUGGCCACCUUCAAGGCCAUGUCCGUCCUCGUCCGCGACGUCAAAUACCACACCAUCGACACCGACCAGCUCAAGAUCGUGCUUUUGUACGCCGAACAAGACAUGCACGACCACGACCGCCAGGCCACCGCUUUCAAUCUCCUCAAAGCCGUGAUCGCCCGCAAGUUGGUCGUGCCGGAAAUCCACGAAGUCAUGGCGAAGGUGGCCGAGUUGAGUAUCACGUCUGAGUUGGGUCACGUGAGGGUGCAAGCGCGCACGGUUUUCCACCAGUACAUGAUGGAUUACCCCCUGGGCGACAAGUUGGAGAAGCACUUGUCGUUUUAUUUGUCGCAGAUGAGCUACGAGAUGCAAUUCGGGCGGGAGUCGGCCAUCGAGAUGAUCAGUGCCUUAAUUUCGUCGUUCCCGAAGAAAACUUUGAAGACUCAUUCGGGGACUUUGUUCGUGACGUUGGGGGCGCGCUUGGUGAAUGAUGAGGCGCCCGAGUGUCGGAAACAAGUGGCCAAUUGCGUUACGGCUCUGUUAACCCUAUUGGAACCCAAAGAUAGAGAUUCUUUAUUUGAUGUAGGGGUUUUGUGGUUGAAGGAUAAGAAGAUAAGUCACAGGCGACUCGCGGCGCAACUUCUAGGGUUUUUCGUGUCUGUGGAGAAGACGGCGUUCGAAGGCCGUCUUCCGAAGCUUCUUCCCUUGAUUUUGAAGCAGUUUGCACUGAACGAUGAAGAAAAGGACGAAGAAAGUGAGCGAGUGAAGGAUCACCUUUUCUUCCAACUACUACAAAUGUUGCUGAAAAUUUGCACACAUUGUACUUCGUUCUUCAAGAUAAAGGAAGUCGAUGCUUUGAAUCGACAGGUGCAGGCGUUGUUAAGUUACCCUCACGAGUGGGUGCGGCUGGCCGCAGCUCAGUACUUGGGAUUCGUGUUUGCCGCCACCGACGUCGACGCGUUAGGGGUUGCCUUAACCAAUAGCAAGUCGAAUACAUCAACUGAUUAUCUUUUCAAUGACCCAAUCCGCGAAGUGAAGUCGUUGACUCUUGACCUAUGCGACCAAUUACAACCCGGCGUUAUUAAGAGCGACUUAGCCGAGCAGGUCAUUAAAAACUUGGUGUUUGUGGCGCGUGUUUUGGAAAAGGUUCCUGAUGACGCGACUGUUAGUUUGUUGUGGUUGACGAAACGUAUGCGCAAAAUAGUGAAUAGUGAGGUGGUCGAAACCCCGAGUAGUACUGUUUUGAGGACGGAAGUGUUUAAGUGGAUCGCUGCCGUUAGUACCGUCCUCGAACUAGACAGUCUUAGCCGAAUUUUAAACCACCUUCUAGCCCCUCUCGUGCGCGAGAUGAUAACCACCGAGGAAAGCAACGCCCCCUUGCGCCAACUCUCCAAAGAAGUCGCCCACCUCCUCAAAAACAAAGUCGGCGUGGAGACCUACACCAAACUACUCUCCGGCUUGCAGCAAGCCCUGUCCACGAAACGAGCCGAACGCAAACGAACCCGGACCCAACUCGCGGUAACCGACCCCGAGGCCUUCGCCAAGAAGAAAAUCAAGCACCACGAGAAGAAAAAGGAGGCGAAGAAGCGCAAACUAGCCACAAUCAAAGGGAAAAAGAGCUUCAAGCGACGGAAAAUGGUGGAUUUGGACCCGGAAUCGGAAGUGAUGUGA